AUGCCGCCUCACAAUGAGACCGAGCACUCAGUUAGCCGGAUCACCCGUGAAGGCAAACAGCUCACAUACAAAUUGAGCGUGAUGCAACAACCAGAGCGGGCGAGAGCUUGCGGCGCGGGAGCAAAGUCAUCUGCCGACCGUCGCCCCGUUGACCCACCGCCUGUGGUCGAGCUGCGUAUCUUCGAGUCCGACCCGGGUAACGAGGCGCAAAAGACCGAUAUCACCUUCGCCUACAAUGCCAAUUUCUUCCUUUAUGCAACCCUUGAUACCGCACGCCCUAUCGCCCACGGACGCGUGGGUGGACCACAGUCGUGUCCUGUAUUGACUGGUGUACCAGUCGCCGGUGUUGCAUAUCUCGACCGUCCCUCGCAAGCAGGUUAUUUCAUCUUCCCAGAUCUGUCAGUGCGCCACGAGGGUCGGUACCGCUUGAACUUCCACCUGUACGAAGAGAUCAAGGACGCCAAGGAUGCCGACAAGGAUUCCACUUUGCCUCUUCCCAACCAAAUAACCCAUUCCGCUACAUCGAAGCCUGGUGCUCCACAAGCAUUCCUUCAUUUCCGUCUCGAGGUCAAAUCGGUACCGUUUACCGUUUAUAGUGCCAAGAAGUUCCCUGGCCUAGCGACUAGCACCUCUCUGAGCCGUAUCAUUGCUGAGCAGGGUUGCCGGGUUCGCAUUCGUCGUGAUGUUCGCAUGAGACGCCGGGGCGACAAGCGAGAGGAGGACUACGACGAGGAACGCGCAGCUGCGUAUGCAAGAUCGUCAGAUCGUUUCACGACACCCGAUAGAUACGCCGCUUCGAUGGAUCGUCCUAGAUCAAACAGCAAUGGGAGCAAUAUGGAAUCGCCCUACGGAUUUGUUGCCCAGGAUCGACGACCAUCUGCACCCGACUAUGGCUUCCAGUGCCCGCAACCCUACCAAAGACCCAUACCACCUGCACCCAUGUCACACUCCCAAACUCCCUCAUACCAAUCACACCUUUCAUUUGGUUCCACGCCUUCGCAUUAUCCGGCUCCUCACAUGCCUCCUACACCUCCACCGGUCGCACCGCAAGGUUACUCCCCACAACGCACAUAUGCCCAAAUACGACAUUCAUCCAACGCCUCCGAAUACGAAGGGACGCCAAUUGCGUACCCCACGGCGUCUCAAGUACCUACUGAACGAGGUGGUUAUCCCAAGUCUUCUAUCAAUUCCUAUCGCAUGGAGCCACCGAAACCAAACUCAUACAUGGAUUCCCGCAUGGAACCUGGUGUAUACCCAUCCAUAUCCAAUGCUUCGGUGCCACGUUCUCAAACGCCGAUUACGGCUCAGUCUAUCCCGCCUCUCAAGCCCCUGCCAAAUGAAUAUGGAAACCAGGUUGUUCCUUCUGUGGAAACCACUUCACCCGGCGAUGGCAGCGGCGGAUACGACAACGUCAGAGGAAAGCGUAUGGUAUAUCAAACUGGGCCAGCAUACGGCAAAAGGAGUCAUGAAGAUACUUUCGGUCCUGAUGACCGGUCAAUGCAGAACGGCAGGCGGCCUGAUACCGAGCCUUAUCCGAGCGCCUAUCGCGAUUUCUCAGGAGAAAGUCGCUCUGCACUGAUGGCUGAAAUGGGAAUUCAUAUGGCUUACAAGCGUGCCAAUGGCAAAAUGGUCAUGAAAGCUCCUCCGACUUGA